UCAUGAUAAAAACUUCAAAAAAUAAGCAACCCCUGAAUUAAAUUGAAUAUCGUUCCCCAAAUACAAUUAAUCUUAGAAUCACAAUAUUUAUACAGAUGGGUACGGGUUCCGAGUCGGAAUCCCACUCCAACGGAUGGGGCAGAGCUCGCGGAGUGAUAGUCAAAACAGUGGUGCUCAUAGGCGGCGCCAUUCUCCUCAAACGUCUCACCAAAUCUAAAACUCGAUGGGACCACGCCCGUAUUGUUGCCGACUCCCUUACUGGCGAAAAGUUUUCGAGGGAACAGGCAUCUAGAGAUCCUGAUAAUUACUUCAACAUCAGAAUGGUGACUUGCCCAGCAGCAGAGAUGGUUGAUGGUUCGAAGGUUUUAUAUUUUGAGCAAGCAUUUUGGAGGACUCCUCAAAAGCCCUUUCGACAGAGAUUUUACAUGGUCAAGCCUUGCCCAAAAGAAUUGAAAUGUGAUGUUGAGGUAAGUUCAUUUGCCAUUAGAGAAGUUGAGGAGUAUAAAAACUUCUGUGAUCGCUCAAAGGAUCAGCGCCCACUGCCUGAAGAAGCUAUUGGUGACAUUGGAGAACAUUUGACAACUAUUUAUCUCAAACACUGUGACCGUGGAAAACGCUGCUUAUAUGAAGGUUCAUCUCCACCAGGUGGAUUCCCAAAUUCAUGGAAUGGGGCUACCCACUGUACUUCAGAACUUGCAGUGUUGAAGAAUAAUGAAAUACAUGCCUGGGACAGAGGCUACGACGAUGAUGGAAAUCAGGUGUGGGGAGCGAAAGAAGGUCCUUAUGAGUUCAAACCUGCACCUAAUUCUGGUUUCAAUGACAUGUUCUCUCAUCUAAAUUUCCCUCCUCCGCUGUCCAUGGGGAAAAAAAUAGAGGGUUCAUUUGUCUUGCAAGAAUGAUAACUGGUUACUUGUAACAAUAGCAAUGUAAAUGUUAAAACUUCUAUUAUCUAUGGAAAUAUAUUUCCCCAAUUAUUUAGUCCUCAACCUUUUAUAGGUUUUGCUCCACUAGGUGGUUUACAGGGUAGUACCCCAAGCAAUAAUCGUGUUUUCCUGGAGAAAUGAAUAUUAGGUUACGCUUCUUUAGAUUUAACAACGGCUAUAUAGGAUUCAGGAAUAUGUCUGGAAACAUUUGAAAGAUGGUUCAAAUUGUGAAAGACACCCAGUUAAUUGUAUUGAACAGAUUUGAUGAUCGAAUUUUAUAUUGAUGCUGAUA